AAGCCUUCCUUAAAGGUAUCCUGUCCAAUUAUGUCGCAGAUGCCAUCUUCCGCUCCCCUGCCCUUCUUGGCUCAUUAGAGAUCAUCGGCAGCCCUGCAAUUUUAGUCUCUCGCGUGGUGAGCGGGUUGAAAGACUUAGUAAUGCUUUCAGCCAGCGGAUCAUUAACGGGGGCCGGCCGAGGACUCCUGUCGCUUACAAGGCACGUUGUGGGAGGAACACUUGCUAGUCUGGCCGGGUUUUCGUCCUCCGUGCGUCGGAACCUGGAACCCGGAGAGCGAGUGCGGGGAGGGCAGCCGCAUGGCAUCCACGACGCGCAUUUUCAUCGCCGCAGUGGAAGCGUUGAAUUUUCUGGGAAUGGAGGCACAAGAGCGGGGAAAGGAGAGGAAGGAAGGCGAUUGUCACUACCGGCUGGACUUGAUGUCGGCGGG